AAAUAUGUUAUCAAAAUUAAUUUUGUCUAUAUUAUUGGGAAUAACUUUUUGUGGUUGGACAAGAACCCCUUAAAUAAAAAUAGACAAGUUUAAUAAAACUGAAUAGGCUAUCUCAAUUUCUACAGAGGAUUUCAAACAUUUAAAAUAUCCAAAUGCUUUUGAUUUAGAAUUGUAUUAUCAAGAAGGACUAACCAAUGAAAAAGAUAUUUAAAAAUACUAAAAAAUAAAUGAUAUAUAAUUAUAUUAACAAGGAUGCUCUUUUUUUGAAAGAAAAAUAAAAGUAGAAGAUUAAGUAUAAAUUCAAUUACCUGAUGAAGGUAAGUAUACUUUUACUGAUUUGAUUGUUGUUGAAAGGUAGGCAUUUGUGAUUAGAAAUGACAAUAAAAUAUUUAGAGUUUAAUUAGACUUUAAUGGUAAUGAAUUAAAGGUAAAUAUAUAUGAUUAUUAAAUUUAAGAAAAUGAGUGUGUCAUCUUAACAUUUAGAUUUCUCAAAUAAAAUUGUUAUUAAUCUCAAAAAGAAACCAUAAUUUUUGGUUUCAGAUGAUUAAAUUUUUAUUGUGACUGAAAAAGGAACAAUUAGUUUUAAUUAUAAGGAAUGGUAAAAUGGGACAUUACCUCAAGUGAAUUUUCAUAAUUUAGAAGAUGUGAACAAUAUUUAUUAUGUUCAUUAUGAUGAAUAAUACAAAAGAGUGUUUAUAGUUGCAGGUAUAUAAGGAGUUUUAGUGUAUGAAAUAAAAGAUAAAGUGUUAAAUCAUAUUUACACUAUAAAAUUAAAUUUAAAUAUUAUCAAAGUUUAAACUAAAGAAGAUUAAUUAUUUAUAUUAGACGAUAAAAAAGGUAUCCAUUUUUACACCUUAAGUGAAAAUGAAUAUAAAGAUAGUGGUAUGUACAAAAUAUAAUUUAGAAUUCAUGAUUCCUUUAGAAAAUCCAAUAUCAUUUGUGUAUAACAAAAAUUCCUUUUUGGUCGUAGCUUAAACUGCUUAAGCAUCAGAUAAGAUAAUUUUUGGAAUAGAAAUCUUAUUUCAUUUCAAAAAUUAAGAAUUUUAUUACAAUAAAUUUUAUUUAGAAGAUAUGCAAUUAAAAGAUGUAUAAAGUUGUGGUGAAUUUCAAUUUUUAAUUGGUUAUGAUGUACACAAAAUCAUUCAAACUAAUGUCUAUAGAGGAUUUGUUGAUGAGGAUUUCGAUUAUGAUACUGAUUUCAUGAUACCUUUGUUAUUGAAAAUUGAGGAAAUAGAAGGAACAGAUUAUGAAAAAGCAAAUUAUCAAUAUCAUUAUUCCUUAGCUUUGACACCUCGCCAUUUAUAUGGACUUAUUAUUAAGGACAGAAAUCCUGAAAUAGUUUGCUCUUCUUAAAAAUAAAUUGAACAAUCCUAUGCUGUAUUAAUAAAUUCAACUUAAUGUGAAAAAGCUGAAACAGAUCCUUUUAUAGUGUGCCAUGAAGAACAUUUUAUUAAUUUAGUUGUGAAUGAAGUAUUGUUAGAUUCUUAAUCGUAAUGGUAUGCUGAAAUAUUCCUUAUUGUUGUUUUUGUUAUAUUUAUUUUGUUAUUGAUUUGUGGAUACAGAAUGUGCACUAAAUGGAAAACUAUUAUGUAAAAAGUGGAAGAAUAAUUGAAAAAGGAAGAAAAUAAAAGAAAAAGAUAUGACAAAUUAAAUAUCAAUUGUUGAAUUAUAAUAUUAUUUGA